UCAUUCCUUCUUCACUCCAGAAAACAGAGAGAAACAAAACACUCGUUUCCACCCUCUCGAGGUUAAAAAAACAAAACAGAGGAGACUUAGUAGAGAUCUCAUGGCGAUGACUGUCUCCGGAGCUGUGCUCAGCGGGCUUGGUUCUUCCUUCCUCUCCGGAGGCAAGAGGAGUGCCGCCGCGUUGGGAAACGGCGUAGGCGCUGGAGCUGCGAGAGUUGGCAGGAAAACUCUGAUCGUUGCUGCUGCGGCUGCUCAGCCCAAGAAAUCGUGGAUCCCCGCCGUUAAAGGUGGCGGCAACUUCCUCGACCCUGAAUGGCUCGAUGGCUCGCUACCCGGAGAUUUCGGGUUCGACCCGUUGGGUUUGGGAAAAGACCCGGCUUUUCUAAAAUGGUACAGAGAGGCAGAGCUGAUCCACGGCCGAUGGGCGAUGGCAGCUGUUCUCGGGAUCUUCGUUGGCCAGGCGUGGAGCGGCGUGCCGUGGUUCGAAGCCGGAGCUGACCCACGAGCCAUCGCGCCGUUCUCUUUCGGAUCACUUCUCGGGACGCAGCUGCUUCUCAUGGGGUGGGUGGAGAGCAAACGGUGGGUGGACUUCUUCAACCCUGACUCUCAGUCCGUUGAGUGGGCGACGCCGUGGUCGAGGACCGCUGAGAAUUUCGCAAACUACACCGGUGAUCAAGGAUAUCCUGGUGGGAGAUUCUUUGAUCCGUUGGGGCUCGCCGGGAAGUCACGGGACGGUGUUUAUGAGCCGGACAGGGAGAAGCUGGAGCGGUUGAAGGUUGCGGAGAUUAAGCACUCUAGGCUCGCUAUGCUUGCAAUGUUGAUCUUUUACUUUGAGGCUGGUCAGGGGAAAACGCCUCUAGGUGCCCUUGGUUUAUAAGAAUGAUAUGUUUUUCUUUUUUUGAGUCUGUAGAUAUAACUUCUCUCCUCUCCAAAACUAAAACUUGAUGCUC